AUGGUAGGACUAGGAAACAGCUGCCGAGGGAUGAAGUCUCCACCACUCCUCGUGGCUGCACUUGUGGCGUGCAUCAUUGUUUUGGGCUUCAAUUACUGGAUUGCAAGUUCUCGCAGCAUGGAUCUGCAGGGUCGAAUUAUGGAUCUGGAAGGCAAAGUCCGCAGGGCAGCAGCAGAGCGGGGUGCUGUGCAGCUCAAAAAGAAUGAAUUCCAAGGGGAGCUGGAGAAGCAGCGACAGCAGAUUGAUAAAAUCCAGUCCUUGCACAGCUUUCAGAUGGAACAUGCCAACAGAGUACAUCAAGAAGAGAAGGCAAUGCUGAUGAAUAACAUUACAGUAAGUGGUCGGUUGAUUCAGAGUCUCCGAGAACACUUGAAAGCAUUACAGACAGAAUAUGGCAAGCUACAGCAGGAUGUUUACUGGUUUCAGAAGAAUCAGACUAACCUCCAGAGGAAGUUCUCAUUUGACCUGUCGCAGUGCAUCAACCAGAUGAAAGACUUCAAAGAACAAUGUGAAGAAAAGAUAGAUGAGCUUACAAAAAAGGGUAGCAGUGUACCACAAAUGAAAGAAAACAAAGACUUCCCAGAAGAUUCAAAAAAAUAUAACCAGGUCAGUACUCAACUGCCAGCCGUGAAGCAAAGAGAGUUCAAGCAGGCUGAUUUGGAACAGCAGAAACCCAGUGAAGAUGUACCUAAAGCACUACCUACAGUAAGAAAGACUGUCCUGCUGCAGGCUAAUGAAAGAACAGAUGGCCUACCUGACAUCAGAAGAAAGGAGCCUAAGGCAGAAGAGGAGCAGCUUUCUAGUCAACUGAAAAAACCACAAGAUUCACUCAAAGCUGCUGCGGAACACAGGGAGACGCUGCUUGAGUCAGAAAAGGAGCCAAAUCCACCUGAAGAUGAAAAGCAUAUAGCUGAGCAGGAAAGGUUACAGCCAGCAGCAGAGCAGGCUGCCAGUGAGGAAAUUGAGAGGGAACAGCUCCUAAAUUAUGAUGCUAAGCAGGAUGACUCACCCCCUGGAAAGCCUGACAAACAGGAACACGAAACAGUGAACCAGGACAAGGAUGUUGAUUACAAUUUAGAUGAGAAUGAAGCUGAAUCAGAAACAGACAAGCAAGCAGCACUUGCAGGGACUGAAAAUGUUCAAAACCCUGAAGAUAUGAAGAACCAGUUAAAUGAGCAUGGUGAAGAACCACACAGGUGGUGA